AAGAAUUUAAAAUGAAUGAUGAAUAAAAUAGUAAAGAAUUUAAAGUACUAAGAUGAAUAAUGCAGUAGUAAGAAUAAUACUAAAGAUUAAGUUUAUGGAAAAUAAAGUUGUAAUGUUAAUAUUUUUACCCCUAGUUUAUUGUCACAUUCAAAUUAAAACUGAAGAUCGAAUACAAUGUGUGAAUUUCUGAAUCGUUAUAGAGCGUAGCCCUUACACGAGCGUGGGUAAUUUAUCAGAAUGGCUUGUUGAAGAGCCAAAUGUUAUUUUGAAAUGGGCGCCUUAUUGAUAGUCAUCUGCCAAAGAGACUUAUCGAAAAGACGGGUUGUAUUUGAUUGUUAGAUCUUGAUAUACAUUAAGAAUGAGUGUGACCCUGGAAAAGUUGCGGUGUAAUCAAUCAAGAAGCAACUAUAAAAGAACUUACACACGCAGCGUCAGUAAAAUAAGAAGUGAGAAAAUAUAUAUCAGGAAUAAUAAUCUGGAAGUCGCCUUUAUUUAUAUGUCGGAGAAGGAAAUGUUAUUUUGAAAUGAGCGCCUUAUCGAUGGUUAACUUGCUUACGAUACUAAUCGAUAGGACGGUUUGUAUUUGGUUGUGAGAUCUUGACAUACAAAAAGAUCGAGUGUGGCCCUGGUUUAGCGUGGUUGUGGCGCUUAGGAAAAAAGUUGGGAAGAAACACACAAGCAGCGGAAGAACAAUUGGAAAAUCUAUCAAGGGACUCGCUACACAAUCAUAGAACAACUUUUAGCGCUCCGACAUCAGAAGUGGGAUUGUACUUUCGUCUACUAAUCAUGGAAGACCAACUGCACAUCUUGAUGGAGCACCAAAGCCAAAGUUUCCUGGAAUUGGCAAAAACUCUGCAAGCGUCGGUACGAGAACAGGCACAAACUUGCGUCGUCACAUUGCCGAAAUUUAACGCCGACAUUCCUGGCGCCGACGCUACUCAAUGGUGUGCUACGGUUGACAUUAUUUUGGUUGAAAAACCGCUGGAAGGCAGUGCUUUAAUAUUGGCCUUAACAAAAUCGUUGGAAGGAAGCGCGUCCCAAUGGCUUUCUGAAGUGUGCUACGCAGGCGUGACUUGGCCGGAAUUUAAACAGUUAUUUCAACAACGCUAUGCAAAUACUGAUACAGUAUUAAACAGUCGCCCCGGCAACAGUAAAUGCCUUGCGAUAUACGCUAGUCGCAUGGUGACUUCGCUUGUUAACAAGUGGAAGGGCUUGGAUGCUGAGAGGAUUGCGGUGUCCGUGGUUUUGGGACAUUUGGCCAACUUUGACCGCCGAGUGCAAAGAAUCGCAUACACUGCCGAGAUCAAAAAUAGACGUGACCUACAGGCUGAGUUACAGGUCUUCGCUUUUGACAAGCGCACACAUCAUUCUGGAAAUGAGGAAUCUGGAGCAAAGGGAGCUAAGUUGGCGUCACUGAAGUGCCAUCUUUGCGGAAAGAUGGGGCACAAAAUGAUUGAUUGCCGAAACAAGAAGCAGAGCGCCGGCAUGUCGAGACAGGAUCAACGAGGAAGCCAACCAUUUUAGAGCAUUUUAAAGACAAUAUAACUUGCUAUCGUUGCCGAGAGCA